AUUUUGACAAUUGAACCGUCAUUCUGUGAGUGUGAAAGAAACAAUGGGAAAACAUUAAACAAAAUUGUACAUGUGCACUGUGAGUAGCGGGAAAGUUUUCGAAAUCGAUUGGACAUGAUUUUUGCGACACGUUACUCAACCAUACUCCAGUUAAUAGUUUUCUAUUUGUGAGUCGCAUUUUGAAUCUUAAACAUGAUAUUGUUUAACACAAUAAUCAACAAUGAAGAAAAGGUGGUAGUGGUGUUAUUAUUAUCCUUACAAUAACAACACAUUGAAAAAUAUUAGAAAAAGUAAACUGAAAUUGUGAAAUAUCUUUAAAGUAAGAAUAAGCAAAGAAGCAAUUGAAAUUUUACAAAUGUAUAUAAACGAUUUUAAAUAUUUAACUUCCACUUUAGAUAUAGUGGAUGUAUCUGAAUACAUAAAUAUUUGUAAAAUCUUUUAUGUACUUUGCAAUGAACAUAAAGUAUUUAAUUUUGAUCAGAGACAAAAUAAAAGAUUAUAUCCAAAAUAUCAUAAAAGAAGACUAUAUCGGCAAUAUGAACAUGUAAUUGGAAAUCAAAAGAAUUUAUACAUAUAAUUUUUUAAGCCAUGGAGGAUUAUACUCCUAUUGAUGAAGAUUUUCCUGGCCGAUUACUACACCAAGCUGCUUUGUGGGAUAACGCGGAACUAUUAGAAGAUCUUUUGCGAGGAGAGCAUGCACAAUACAUAAACAGUCAAGAUUCAUGGGGUAGAACUCCAUUGCAUGCUGCAGCUAUUACAGAAAACUCAAGGUGUUUGGAUGUAUUGUUGUCUGCUGGUGCUAAUCCAAAUAUACCAUGUGGACCAAGAGGUCAUUAUAGAACACCAUUACAUAUUUGUGCAGAACAUGGUCAUAGUUCCAAUAUUGAGAAACUCUUGGAAUUUAAUGCUGAUUUAAUGAUUAUGGACAAUAACGGUCAAAAACCAAUAGAUGUAGCUGAAAAAAAUAUGCAAGACGUUUGUUCAAAUUUAUUGAAAUUGGCAGCCGAGAAAUAUGAAUUGGCGAAACUUGCAAUGCAUGCGUCUUUGCGUGCAACUUGUAUUCAGGGAGAUACAGUGGCAGCUAAAAACAUUAUUCAAGGAAUCACUACCAAUUUGGAGUACAUUAUUAACAUGGCACCAAAUGGAGCAAAUACUCUACUUUUUAUAGCAUGUGAAAUGGGUCACAAAGAUAUAGUACGAAUACUUCUAGAUCAUGGCGCGGAUUGCAGAAUACAUCCUGUUACAAAGUACUGUCCAUUGUACAUAGCAUGUUAUAAUGGUAAGGUAGAGAUUGUGGAACUGCUUCUCCGACAUUUUCCUAAACAGGUUCACUCCUUAACAGUGGAAAAAUGGUUACCAAUUCAUGCAGCAGCUAUAAAUGGUCAUCAUUUGGUUAUUGAUUUGCUGUUAAGAUUCGAAUAUCCACAACAAACAUACCAAUGUUACAAAGAUUCGUCUGGAGAAUUUGAAUAUGACAUGCCAUUUGAUAUCAAUACUCAAGAUGUUACAGGACAGAAUGUUCUUUACAUAUCUAGCAUGCUUGGAAAUAUUAAAAUCGUAGAGCUGUUACUAAAUUACAGAGUAAAAGCAAGAAAAAUCAAAGAGGAAGAUAUGGGAGUUUCACAGCCACUUCCUAUGUCGAAAAGGAAAAUUUCAAGUGGAAUUCAGAGGUUAAUGUCUAGUUUAAAUUUUAGGAGUAAAGCAUUUGAUAAAAAAGAUGACAAUAUGAUAUGCCCGUUAAAUUUAGAUUUGUACUGCAACAAUGCUAGUGAAACCUCUUUAUACGCUGCCGUGAGAGGUAAACACACAGAAGUCGUCACUGCUUUGUUAGUGGCAGGUGCCGAUCCAAAUUUACCUGUGAAAGUUCCUUGCGAUCAAAGCGAUCCAGAAAGUAAUUACUCUAAUGCAUUAAUAGUAGCUUGUCAGCAGCGCGACAUAAAAAUUGCUGAGCUCUUAUUGAAGCAUGGUGCUGUGGAUAAUACAUGCAAAGCGAUCAAAAUUGCCGCACAAAAUCGAGAUGAACCCUUGACAGCGAAGCUCUUAUCUAUAAAAGCUUACCCCGACUCAGAGUAUAAGAUCAACAAAAAAGCCAUGACCGAAUGUACACAAACAUCUCAUUUUUCUGCGUUAUCUUCUUUCGGUAACGUCACAUAUUCGACAUUAUUUCCAAAUACUCCAACAAUGAUAAACUGGCAUGAUCAACAGUGUCAUCUUUCGCAAAUACGAUCUCAAUGGUUAAUUGAUGCCGUAUUGCACGUGAACAAAAAACUGAGCGCCAAGAACAACGAUCUGGUCUUGUAUGCCAUUACAAGGAUAGAUAUUUCUCAUAAUUCCAUCACCUCUAUACCAUCCUCUAUAUUUUAUUUACAAAGUCUACGGUAUCUUAGCAUUGCUCAGAAUAAAAUAGACACUUUGACUGCUGAACCAAAAAGUCCUAAGGAUAAAUUGUGUCCGGUUUUGGAAGAGAUGUAUCUCCAAGACAAUCGACUGGAACAAUUACCAGAAUUUAUUAUGAAUCUACCUGCGUUGGAGAUAAUGGACGUUUCCAACAAUAAGCUGCAAUGUCUUCCAGACAAUUUAUGGCGAGCGCCAAAGUUGAAGGAAUUAAAUGCAUCGUUCAAUUUAUUAAAAGAUCUCCCUAGUCAAGUAUCACAAAAUAUUUCUCGAAAAUCGCAACGGGACGACGCAUUAAAUAAUAGCCCCAGUAGUCGAAGCUUAGCGUCGCAACUCGCUAUUUCACGCGAAGAUUCGUUAGAGUUUGAAUCGUUCACUAAAAUAGCGAAUGCACAAAUCAUCGAAAUGAAUCGCCCACAUGUUUGGACCAGAUCGGUCCAUGUUUCAGAAAAAAUUUUGGAUGAUAACGAAGGCGGAGUAAGAUCGGUAUUAACGUCUCUGAAUUUGGCGCACAACUUAUUUAAUAGUAUUCCAGUGGCAUUACCGUGCCUGGCUGUUACAUUAGUGAGGUUGAACAUGGCUUAUAAUUCUCUUCGAUCUAUGAGCCAUAUAACGUCCUACCCUGCGAGCUUAAAACAAUUAGAUUUGUCCAAUAAUCAGAUCUCUCGAUGGCCCAGUUUACCACAAGUGGAUGGUGCUGAUUUAACGGAGCAAGCAAACACCGCGUGCUAUUGUCCUACUACAAAUGUACAAUCUCCGAUUGUUCCAGGCAGUAACCGACAGACGGCAACGUCUUUACGUGACGUAGUUCUCAUGUCAGUUUGCACGCACAGACGUCACUUACGAUUAGAAAAUUUGAGAACGUUGAUUCUUACCAACAAUUUGUUAAACAGGAUCCAAUUGACUUCGAUUGACGACGGGGAAAUGCCAAAUUUGGAAGAAGAAAAUGUAGAUAAAGAUACGAAAAUAACUUACUCUGGUUCGAAAUUGUAUUUGUUAUUCCCUAACGUCAGUAUGCUCGAUGUUAGCAACAAUAAAUUAAAAGAGAUUCCGCAAAAUAUUUACGAGCUUAACAAUCUCUCUGUUUUAAAUAUAAGCGGCAAUCCAGAAAUUGUCGAGUUGCCACCACAAAUGGGAUUACUCUCCCGUUUAUGGAAUUUGAAUACUCAAGGCUGUAGACUGCAAGAGCCUUUAAAGACAAUGAUUGAAUCGAAAAAAUAUAAGACAAUGGAUGUUAUUGGUUACUUAAAGUCAAUUCUAGAAGAUGCCAAACCGUAUGCUCGAAUGAAGUUAAUGAUUGUGGGAAUACAAGGUAUUGGGAAAACAAGUUUGUUGGAGCAACUAAGACAAGAAGGUGAGGUACCAAAUAAGAAAAAAGCUUCCGAGCAUUGGGCAAAAAGAAUGGGUAAUAAAAAUAUUAACGCAAAAACUGCCAGGGGAACGACGAUAUCUACUGUUGGUGUCGACAUCGGAGAUUGGAUUUAUGAGAAAAAAAUGCGAGGUCAAUCGUCUCACGGGCCUGUUUACUUUCGAACAUGGGACUUUGGUGGACAAAGGGAAUACUAUGCAACGCAUCAAUAUUUUUUAUCUAAGCGUAGCCUGUAUUUGGUUGUAUGGAGAAUUACAGAUGGCUUUAAAGGAGUCUCUGAAAUAUUUCAGUGGUUGGUAAAUAUUCAAAGUAGAGCGCCUAAUACUCCAGUAAUUAUUGUUGGUACUCAUUAUGAUAUAUCAUACGAACAUAGCGAAGCCUUACAACAAUACAUUCGCGAUAAGUUUAUAAAUGUUGUCGAUGCUGAGAAAUGUGGCUUACCAAAAGUCAUGGAAACUAUCGAAGUAAGCUGUAAAACGAAACACAACAUAAAGAUGCUGUGCAACUUGAUAUACGACGUUGUUUUCAGUCUCAGAUCGCCUGGAAGCAAAGAAUUGCUACUCGAACAAAAAGUUCCUUCCAGUUAUCUUGCCUUGGAAGAUGUAGUAAUACAACUUGCGCACGAUAGAAAACUAUCCGGCGGUGAUCCGGUUUUGAAAGCUGACCAAUACUAUACAGCAGUAAAUAACGAACUUCAGAAAUUACAUAGAUCGUUCAGAGAUCCUGCUGAGCUACAUCAGGCGACGCUUUUCCUUCAUGAGAAUGGCAUUAUUUUGCAUUAUGAUGACGCCACUCUGAAAGAUUUAUACUUCCUUGAUCCACAAUGGCUUUGUGACAUGUUGGCACAUGUAGUUACGAUACGUGAAAUUAAUCCGUUUGCUAGAUCUGGUAUAAUGAAACUAGAUGACAUUCAGCACGUCUUUAAAUCAUCAACGAUAUCAUCCAUUGACACACAAGGAUAUAUCGUUAGUUUGUUAAAUAAGUUUGAAGUUGCAUUAACGUGGGAUUAUCGGACUUUACUAAUUCCUUCUUUAUUGCCAACUGAAGAAGAUAUUUUAAGAAGUAAUCAAGUGAUAAAAAUCCCAGUAAAAACGCGAAGUUGGCAUAUGCGUUGUAAAAAAAUUGCUUCUCCAAUGAUAACAUUUCAAAACUCAUCCGGAGAUAAAACAAACAAUGAAUGCGUAUUGACAUCUAGAUCACAACCGGAUUGCUCCGUUACAAGACUGCUCCUGAUGUCUUACUUUCCAAGCGGCUUCUGGUCGAGGCUCAUAACUAGAAUUUUAGCCGAUGAUGCAAUUGUUGAAAUUGUGAUGUCGUUUUUAGCGCCGUUUAAAGAUUUUGUCGAUGAUAAUAUUUUUAUAAGUUUGUUAGAUAUGCAAGCAGAAUGGGUACUUUGGCAAACAGGAAUAGAACUAAGGUAUGCUAAUAUUACUUUACUACGUCUGAAAGAAGUCAAUUACAAUUUGAAAAACGUACCGUAUGAUUAUAGACAGUAUAAGUUUAAGUUAAAGCAAGAUGGCAUAUGGUGCAAUGUAGAUUUUAAAAAUUCGGCAAUUUUAGAAAUUUGGUUUCCAGUUGACACAUUGGUAAUUAAGCAACCGAUCAUGUCUGAUUCGGUGGAUGAAGAACCAAUGGGUUAUCAGGCAAUUGUAGUUGAACCUCGUCCAGAAAGCAUGCCACAAUUACUAGCAUUAAUAGUCGAUCAUAUUGAUAUUUUACUAGAGGAUUGGUAUCCUACAUUAGGAACACGGUUUGUGCACACAUCCGAGGGUAAAUUAUUGGUCACACGGUUAAUACCGUGUCCUCGAUGUUUACUAAAUAAUGGAGAAAACGAGAACGAAAUUAGCGAUAAUGAUCGGUUAGUCGAAGAUAUUCAAAAAUAUUAUGUAAAUAAAGAAAGACAAAGUCAGGAUAGUUAUAAGUCGGAUGGUGAUAGUGGAGUAGGCUAUGAUAGCUUAACAUCAAGUAGAAUGCCAUCGUUAGAAGGUCACCCAGAUAUUGCUAAACAAAAUGCGCAUUCUGAAGGUAUUUUAGCAUAUUCCUGGAUGGUUGAAGAGUGUAUUCUAUCUGCCUACAGUAAUAAACCAAUUAGUUGUCCUAAGCACUCUGAUAUACCAUUAUCACAUGUAGCACCAGAUAUUAUUUUUAUGGAUCUUGGAGCAAAACAUUUAAUAAAAUCAGAAGAUAUUAAAUUAGGGAAACUGUUAGGUCGUGGCGCAUUUGGCUUUGUUUUUAAAGGAGUAUGUCGUUUACCUGGAACAUAUCAAAGAGCUGAUAUUGCUAUAAAAAUGCUACAACCAGUUCCACCAGGUCCAAAUUCAAAACAGUCUGCUAUUCUAGCUUACAAGGCUGCACAAAGUAAAUGGGAUCGAGAUCCCUUACAAUACGCUUGCAAAGCAUACUGUACUGCUAGACAAGAAUUAAAUAUUUUAUUAACGCUUAGACACACGAAUAUUGUACCAUUAAUUGGCAUAGUGGUUAGUCCACUCGCAUUGGUAUUAGAUUUAGCACCAGGAGGUGCAUUAGAUAGUGUUUUAAAAAAUUACAGACGUUCAGGUGCUAAAUUAGACCCAUAUACAUUACAAGCUAUAAUUCUUCAAGUAGCAAAAGCUGUAGAGUAUCUUCAUCAGCAACAUGUAAUUUAUAGAGAUUUAAAAUCAGAAAAUGUUUUAGUGUGGCAAAUGCCUCUACCUUUUCAAAAUCAUCCUGAACAUCCUGUCCAUGUUAAAGUAGCCGAUUAUGGUAUAUCCAGACUAACAUUACCAACUGGUGCUAAAGGAUUUGGUGGAACAGAAGGGUUUAUGGCACCUGAAAUUAUUAAGUAUAAUGGCGAAGAAGAGUAUACCGAGAAAGUUGAUUCUUUUUCGUUUGGAAUGUUCGUAUAUGAAUUGAUUACUUUAAGACAACCAUUUGAAGGCCAUGAAGCAGUUAAAGAAUGUAUUUUAGAAGGUGGAAGACCACCAUUAUCAUAUAGAGAGACAUUUCAUCCUUGUUAUGCUCUUGAUCUAAUGGUUAUAUGUUGGGCUCAAAACCCAAAAGAUCGACCAACUGCUAGCCAAAUAGUUUCCAUUGCAUCUGCACCUGAAUUUACACAUCUUAUAGAUGUAAUAGUAUUAACGGAAAGAACGCAAGUAACUGCGAUUACCAUGACAAAUAGGACUAUAGAAGAAAAUAUAAAUGGUGAUGAAAUUUGGUUUGGGCAUAAUAAUGGUGAAGUUGAUAUGUUACUGGGAACACAAAAAGGUUGGUUACAGCAUGUUAGAAUUGAAACCCCUAUAAUACCAUAUGCAAUGUGCGGAGUAGAUGGAUAUAUUUGGAUUGGGGAUAAUGCAGGUCAAGUACAUGUUUAUUUAGGCAGUAAUUUUGGUUGUGUUGCUAGUUACAACCUUGAACCUGAUCACCGUAAAGAAUCUAAAGUAGUGGGUUUAAUAUAUUUGGAACAAAUAAAACAAUUUGUAGUAGCAUUACAUAGUGGAAAAAUUUUUUUAUUAUCAAACUCUUUCACUCAAAUGAAAAAAGUAGAAGUCGUGACUGACAUACAAGAUAAUAUAAAGACAUAUUCCUUGGCAGCUAUUUAUAAAAAGAAACGCAUAUUGGAAUUAUGGGUUGGACAAAGUUUUGGUAGAAUAUCAAUCUAUGUCUUAAAAGACAACAAUUUAAUAGACACAGUACAAGUUUUUCAUGCUACUGGAGAGGCAGCUAUGAAAAACUUAUUUGCUACAUAUUUAUUAAGUGCUGAAAAUUCAAUUUUAUCAUAUACAUACCCUGGGUGUAUUGUCUACCAAUGGGAUGUAGAUACCAGGCAUAUAAUAAAUAAAUUAGAUAUGUCAAAAUUAGUACCUUGUUCAGAGAGUCUCAAGUCUAUUUCCAUAGAAGAAAAUUUAUCAACAGAAAAAUGUCAAGUAACAGCUUUGGAAACUUGUAGAAAUCAAUUGUAUAUUGGUACUACUUGGGGAUGUAUUGUAGUAGCUGAAUGUAUCUCUCUUAGGCCAAUUACUGUUUUUAGACCUUUCGAGGGUAAAGUAUGUCAAAUAAUAUCAUUUAAAUCAGCAGAUGAAAAGAAGUUAGUACUGGCAACUGUAGGCCAAGGUUAUAGAAGUUUAAUUUCACGAUACACAGAUUUUCCAGUUGAUUGUUCAGAUGCAGACGAUCUUAAGCAUAGUAUGUAUGCUCUUUUAUGGAGAUCUGAACAUUGGUCAGCUGCUUAAUUAUAACUUUCUCUAAAAGCAUAAUGUUAAGAGUGCUUCAUGGUGCAAAGAUUAAGAGUGAUAUAACUGGUUGAAAAUUCUAUACGUCCAUGGUAUACUUUAGUAUAUAGACUUUAAGCUUUCUACCUUGCCUCAUAUAAAAUCUCUUGCACUGAAGCUAUAAACAUGUAUUCUCUAAUCUGUCCAAGCUGUACGGUGCUUGAUCAAAAACUUUCUGUAAACUUAAUUGGAGAACAAGCGUAAUUUAAGCAGG